AAAAUAAUUUCAAAACAAAUUAAUAAAGUCUAUUUUCUUUGACUCUCUAACUUAGCAUUGUAUAAUAAAAUUGGUUUUAAACGUAUACAUAUUUCAAGAUAUGAGUGAAAACAAAACAGAUGAUGUAUCUGAACAGAUUCUUAAUGCUGUUAAAAAAAAUUCAAAAGGUAUAUCAGCUACAGACAUGGCAGCCGAAGUUCCAGACUUACCGUCUGCAGAACUUGUUGGAGCAAUAAAUAAAUUGUUACAACAAGGUUAUUUAGAUAUCUAUAAACAGGAUGGUGCGCUCAUUUAUAAGAUAAAAAACCAGCUUUCAAAGCAAGUAGUAAAAGGAGCGGAUAAUGAAGAAAAGGUUGUAUAUAAUUUGAUAGAAGAAGCUGCUAAUAAAGGAAUUUGGAUUAGAGAAAUAAGAAAUCAAUCUAACCUUACCAAUCCACAGCUUACAAAAAUAUUAAAGAAUUUAGAAAGCAAAAAACUAAUAAAAGCUGUUAAAUGUGUUAAUGCUUCAAAAAAGAAAGUUUAUAUGCUUUACAACUUAGAACCAGACAGAUCAAUUUCAGGGGGAGCUUGGUAUCAAGACCAAGACUUUGAAUCAGAAUUUGUUGAUAUCCUUAAUAGGCAAUGUUUACGAUUCCUUCAUCAGAGAGCGGAUAAAAUAAAAAAUAAUCCUAGAGGGCCUAUUGUGGGUCGAACUCAAUCAUAUGCAACAGCUAUUGAAGUACAGAAAUAUAUCACAGAUUUAGGAAUAAGUAAAGUAAAACUUGAAGUUGAAGAUGUUGUUACAAUUUUAAACACUUUGAUUUAUGAUGGAAAAGCUGAAAGCACUGUGUAUCCUGAUGGCAGUAGAGUGUAUAGGGCUAUUGAAUCACUAAUACCACCACCAGGUCUAGUGCAAGUACCAUGUGGCAUCUGCCCCUUGAUUCACAAAUGUUCCUCCACAGGACUUAUUACCCCACAAGACUGUAAAUAUAUGAACGAAUGGCUCGAGCAAUAAAAUCCAUAAAC